GGACGUCCUCUACUCUUUGAGGAGGGCAAGUCCCCAAGUCCAAAAAACCCAGCGAAAUCCUCCGCCGCUCGCGCUCGCCUCGACGCCAAUCCCAAUCCGGCAAUCCCAUCCGACGCGACCCCCUUGCUCCCCGCGCGCGACCAGCUCGCCCUCGCCCAACGGGGGCGCAUGCGAGGCCACACCGCGCCCGGCCCUAAGUAGCACCCCCCGCCCCGCCCGGCAAUGUCGGCGCACCUCUCGCCGCCCCACCACCCAUCCCUCGCCGCCGGGGACGCCAAGAAGCAGCCGCACCUCGGGGCCGACCCCAGCAAGCGGGCCUCCUGCUUCGGCCUCCUCGGCGGCGGCGGCGGCGACCACCACCACCACCACCCCAAGAAGCCCGGCCCCUCCGCGGCCAAGCUCGCGCUCGCGUCCUUCCUCGGCGUCAUCGUCCUCCUCGCCGCCGACGCCUCCCUCGCCGGCGCCGGCGCGCACCGGCGCCUGCGCCGCCAGUACCUGCAUUACGUCGGCAGCGGGAGCGUGGAGGCCGGCUCGCCCCCGUGGCUCUCCGUGCCGGACCGCCCCAACUUCACCGACGACCUCCUCGCGCGGUGGCUCGCGCCGGGGGGCACCCCGUGCCGGGACGCGCGCACGGCCAACAUCUCCGUCCCGGUCCUCGACGGCGCCGCGGCAAGGGUGGAGGCGACCGAGCUCCGCGCGGGCGAGAUCCACGAGUUCACGUUCUGGGCCCUGGACGACGCAGGGAAGCGGCGCUGCCUCGGCGGGGACUACUUCGAGGUCGACCUUUCCGGGGACGCGUGGAAGUCGCGGCCCCCCGUCGUGGACCGCGGCGACGGCUCCUACUCUUUCCGCCUCCAGGUCGCGCCCCGCUUCGCGGCGGGGGAGUUCCGCCUCACCGUCGUCCUCCUCUUCCGCAGCUGGGAGGGGCUCAAGUUCUCCUCCGCGAGGUUCAAGUACCGUGCCGAGCUGCGCCGCAUCCCCCUCCUGUUCCGGCCGGACAGCAACGUGUCGCUCCCGGCGCUGGAGACGUGCCGCGCGGCGGACUUCGCGCGCGACGCCUGGUCCGGCCGGUGGACGCGGCUCGCCAAGAACGACGACUGCGAGGAGGUCGACGCCGCCGGCCGGUACCGGUGCCUGGAGCCGGACCACCCGUGCGAGGCGCCGUGGUGCGACGGGCCGCUCGGCGCGCUGGAGAGCAACGGGUGGGUGUACUCGGCGCACUGCUCCUUCAGGCUCUUCGCCGCCGACGCGGCGUGGCGGUGCCUGGACGGCAAGUGGCUCUUCUUCUGGGGCGACUCCAACCACGUCGACACCAUCCGGAACCUCCUCACCUUCGUCCUCGGCGUCACGGACACAUCCGCCGUGACGCGCCGGUUCGACGCCGUGUUCACGAACCCCAGCGGCGGGCCGGGGACUCUGAGGAUCACGAGCAUCUUCAACGGCCACUGGAACAUGAGCAUGAACUACCUCGGCCUGCAUUCCCUUCGGAACAGGGAGUUCCGGCAGCUAAUCCGGUCCUACUUCAUGUCCAGUGACCACGUCCCGGAUGUUGUGAUCCUGAACUCCGGCCUGCACGACGGGUGCUACUGGACCAGUGUCCGCGCCUACGCUCAGGGUGCUGAGUUCGCAGCACAGUUCUGGUCAGGAAUCAUGGCCAAAGUGCGUGCUCGUGUCCACGCAUCGCCGAGGGUGUUCUACCGUACUACGAUCGCUACUGGGGGUUAUGCUAGGGACCUCGCAUUCAAUCCAAGCAAGAUGGAGGCGUUCAAUGGCGUGCUCGUUGAGAAGAUGAGGCGGCAUGGGGUGCUCACUGGUGGGGUGAUCGACAAUUUCGACAUGACAUUCCCAUGGCACUACGACAACCGUUGCAAUGACGGUGUGCACUACGGGCGUGCACCGGCGAGGCUGGUGUGGCGGGAUGGCAAGAUUGGGCACCAGUACUUCGUGGACCUGAUGCUGGGCCAUGUGCUCCUCAAUGCCAUCUGCAAUGGAUGAGAAUUGCUGGUUCCGUGCUCUGUAAGUUCCUGGUGCUCAAUUGUGUAAACUGUAGUUAGGUUGGUAGGGAGCUGAAUUUGCCGAGAUGAGAUCGACACACGGUAGCACAGUUCAUGUGUACAUCUGAUGCGGGGAGAGAGAUGUGAGCUGGAGUUUAGCUGAAGCAAUUUGUAUGGUUAGACAUCUGAUCUUUUAGCUGUGUUACUGGCCUGUUCUUGCUCUAGUAAGCGAGGAAGAUUGAGAAUUCGAUUGGAGCUACCUAUGAGGAAAUAUCAGGUACAUGUAAAUAUAUACCACGACUAUUUGAAGAGGCUUAAUGCUGUACAAAUUCAGUAGGUCAAAUGAUAUUGUUCAGUGCUACUUUACUUAGCAA